AAAGCAUAUAUGUUAUUUUUAAUAAAAAACUUAAAAUAAAAAAGGAAAUGAAGUAACUUAACGCGAUGGCUAACGAGAUGUAUAAAGUAUAAAACACACCUGAACGGCUGAAACAUCCACCGAUCUCUUUAUUACUAAUCCAUCGACCAGAUUUUCUUAAUUCUUCUUCACCAAUUUUAACUCUUUACACGAUAAAAUGAAACUUUUUGGUCUCUUUCUUUGCUUUACUCUUUUGUUCCUUUGUCCGUUCGUAUCUCAAGCCGAUGUGCCGGAAGUCAGCCGUGAGCCGCCUCGUCCCAUCGUCUUUGUCCCUCAUGACCGUGCCAAAUCCGAGCCACAACAGGUACACGUCUCAUUGGCGGGUAAGGACCACAUGAGAGUAACGUACAUAACGGAAGACAAGAACGUGGAUUCGGUGGUGGAAUACGGUAAGCAACCGGGAAAGUACGACCAAAAAGCCACCGGAGAAUACACUUCUUACAAAUACUUCUUUUACAAAUCCGGCAUGAUCCACCACGUCAAGAUCGGACCUCUCCAACCCAACACCACUUACUACUACCGUUGCGGCUGUAACGGUCCUGAAUUUUCUUUCAAAACUCCUCCAUCAACUUAUCCGGUCGAAUUCGCCAUCGUCGGUGACCUAGGCCAAACCGAAUGGACAGUAGCAACAUUAUCUCAGAUAAAGAGCCAAGACUACGAUGUCUUUCUACUUCCCGGAGACCUCUCCUAUGCCGACACUCACCAGCCACUUUGGGACUCCUUUGGCCGCCUAGUCGAGCCACUCGCGAGCCAGCGUCCUUGGAUGGUUACCGAAGGAAACCACGAGAUCGAAUUCUUCCCAAUCAUUGAACACACAACCUUCAAGUCAUACAAUGCUCGGUGGCUCAUGCCUCACACCGAGAGCCUCUCUAGCUCAAAUCUUUACUACUCGUUCGAUGUAGCUGGUGUCCACACGGUUAUGCUCGGUUCUUACACCGACUUUGACUUCGAUUCCGAUCAGUAUCAGUGGCUCCAAGCCGACCUAGCAAAGGUUGACCGUAAAACAACGCCGUGGGUGGUUGUCUUGCUUCACGCACCGUGGUACAACACGAACGAGGCGCAUGAAGGUGAAGGAGAGAGCAUGAGAGAGGCCAUGGAGUCUUUACUCUUUAGUGCUCGAGUCGACGUCGUUUUUUCGGGUCAUGUUCAUGCCUACGAACGUUUCAAACGGGUAUACAACAACAAGGCCGACUCAUGUGGGCCUAUAUACAUAACCAUCGGUGACGGAGGCAAUCGUGAAGGCCUUGCUUUAUCGUUCAAGAAGCCAAAUUCACCUUUAUCUGUUUUCCGUGAAUCAAGUUUUGGACAUGGGAGAUUGAAGGUUAUUGACGGGAAACGAGCACAUUGGUCAUGGCAUAGAAACAACGACUCGAACUCACUCCUUGCGGAUGAAGUCUGGCUCGAGAGUCUUAGCACAUCAUCUUCAUGUUGGCCUUCGAGUGUAUCCGUUCAAGUAUUGCCUACUUUUGUUACUAGACAUUCUUCCAUUUUAUAUCUUAUGGUGACACUCUUUCGUCUCUUUCUUCGCUUUACUCUCUUCUUCCUCUCUCCGUUUGUAUCUCAAGCUAAUCGUGUUUCCAAGUACACCCGCCCGCCACCUCGUCCAGACUUCAUCGUCUCUAACGGCCGUCCAAAAUCCUUUCCUCAACAGGUGCACGUAUCAUUGGCAGGUAAGGAUCACAUGAGAGUAACAUACACAACGGAUGAUAAGGACGUGGAAUCGAUGGUGGAGUACGGUAGACGCUCAAAUAGGUACGAGAAAAAACAAGCCGGAGAAUCCACUUCUUACAGAUACUUCUUCUACAGCUCCGGCAAGAUCCACCAUGUCAAAAUUGGUCCUCUUAAACCAAACACUAUUUACUAUUACCGUUGCGGCGGCCACGGUGAGGAAUUUUCUUUCAAAACUCCUCCAUCCACUUUUCCGGUCGAGUUCGCCGUCGCCGGUGACCUAGGGCAAACUGAUUGGACGGUGAGAACAUUAGAUCAGAUCUCGAAACGGGACUUUGAUGUAUUCCUACUUCCCGGUGACCUCUCCUACGCGGACACCCACCAGCCACUUUGGGACUCUUUUGGCCGCCUCUUAGAAACCCUGGCUAGCACCCGACCGUGGAUGGUCACCGAGGGGAACCACGAGAUCGAGUCUUUCCCGAUCAAUGAAGAACACAUAAGCUUUAAAUCAUACAAUGCUCGAUGGCUCAUGCCUCAUGCCGAAAGCCUCUCCCGGUCCAAUCUUUACUACUCCUUUGAUACAGCCGGUGUCCACACGGUUAUGCUUGGUUCAUACACCCGCUUUGACCCCCACUCUGAUCAGUACCGGUGGCUCGAAGCCGAUCUAAUAAAGGUUGACCGUAAAACGACGCCGUGGUUGGUGGUGGUGAUGCACACGCCAUGGUACAGCACAAACUUGGCGCAUGAGGGUGAUGGAGAGAAAAUGAGAAAGGCCAUGGAGGGUUUGCUCUUUCGUGCCCAAGUCGACGUCGUUUUUGCUGGCCACAUUCAUACCUACGAACGUUUCAAGCCGAUAUACAACAAGAAGGCCGACCCAUGUGGACCAGUGUACAUAACCAUCGGUGACGGUGGCAAUCGAGAAGGGCUUGCUUUAGAGUUCCAUAAGCCACGUUCACCGUUGUCAGCAUUCCGUGAAUCGAGUUUUGGACAUGGGAGAUUGAGGAUUAUAGACAAGAAACGAGCACACUGGUCGUGGCAUAGAAACAGCGACAACUUCUCAGUUAUUGCGGAUGAAGUAUGGUUCGAAAGCCCUAGGACAUCAUCACAUUGUAUUUUGAAUCGUUUUAGAAAUGAGAUCUAAAUCCACUACACAUAAAACAUCUUACGCUCUUCUCUUUUGUUUUUGGCUUCAUUCAUAGAACAUAUUAUUCUCAACUCAUAAAAGAGGGUUAAUUAGAUCCUGUCCAAUUCACUUUUAAUACCUUUCGAC